UGGAAAGACUGCGGGAUGUGAAGGCAGGUCAAGGACUAGGAGGAGCCGGCAAGACCGCAGAGAGGGAGGAGGAAACCUGGCGCGGAUCCCCGCCCUCUGGAUCCAGCGGAGAGGGGGUCCAGCGUGUCCCUCCGGGCGCCGUGUGCGCCACGUGCCGCGCGCGGUUCAGGAGAUGGACCCGGGAGGCGGUGCUCGCCGGCAGCGGGGAGAGGACCCGGACGACGUGCGCCAGGGAGUGCUUGGCUGUGCUGUGGUGAGAGCAUCAGUCCGCCGUCCCUCCUCAUCUCUAAGGGCACCUGGUCCCCUCAUUGUUCCCGAGCACAGCAUGAGGGUCACCCUGCAGGAGUGGCCUGGGGCAAAGGGACAGCGGUGCCGGCGCCUACCCGGAGUCAACCUGCUCUCUCGUCCAGGAUGGCGGCGCCGGUCCGGGUUUAUGGGUCCGAUCUGCCCUCGCCAGGUACCCCAGCCAGGCGCUGCUGCCCUGCCUCGGUCCCGCCCUUACGCAGAUGUGGUAUUGGCGAAGUAUAAGAGGCAGAAACCACCGACGGCUGACGAUGCCAGGCAAGGCCCCGGAGGAAGGAAGCCGAGCCAGGCCCUCCAGGGCCAGAUUGUAUGCCCACAGACUGGAUGCCAGGGUGAAGGAGAAGGUAGAGCUAAAAAUGACGCCUGCACUGCUGGCCUGAAAGCCUGGAAGACUGCUAGAAGCUGGAACUUUGCAAGGAAACUGAGUGGCCGGAGGGGUUUGGUCGGUAGAAGCAGCGGGGUAAGGGUGAGUGCCCCUGUCCCACACUCCAGCCUGAGACGCUCACCAGGCCUGAAUGGAGCAGACACAAAGCCAGGGUUCUGGUCCUGCCCAGAUGGCCAGAAGUCUGACAUGGCGGUUUCUGUCUGUAAGAGAGAGAGGCAUGUUGGAUGACCUCUUGGGGCCCUGUGGCUUCAGGCCACCUGAUGCCCUUACUGAAGUCUGGAUGGCUGAGCUCUCUGUCCAAGAGGGACCAGUAGAGGCCAGAGCAGUAAGUGUGUGGAGGCUCCUGGAGGUGGCUGCUGUGAAUGUAAUUCCUAGAUGGGAAAGGGAGCUGUGAUGCUGUGACUUAUAAUGGGAAACACGUAUUUGGCCUCCCUCCUUGUUCCUGGCACAGAGCUCCAAAAACCCUUGGAAUUUCCAAAGUGAAAGGUAUCUUUUGUUAUGUCAAUGAGAUGACUUUUGAACCCCAGGUAAGGUGGGGGCCGGCUGCCAGGAGAACCAACCUUGUGAUUUCAACUUUCAGUCUCACCCACUGACCUCCCUGGAGGAGGGGGCUGGAGGUUGAACCAAUCAUCGAUGAUCAAUGAGUUCAUCAAUCAUGCCUGAUUUCAUCAAUCGUGCAAUGAAGCCUCCAUAGACACCCAAAAGGAUGGGGUUCUGAGAGCUUCUGGGUUGGUGGACAUGUGGAGAUUCUGGAAGAGUGGUGAUGCACUCAGAGAGAGCAUGGAAGCUGCAGGCCCUUUCCCCAUACCUGCCCUGUGUGUCUCUUCCAUCGGCUGUUCCUGAGUCAUAUCCUUUAUAUUAAACUGGUGAUCUAGUAAGUAACAUGUUUCUCUGAGUUCUGUGAGUCACUCUAGAAAAUUAACCAAACCCAAGAAAGGGGUCAUUGGAACCUCCUGUCGGUCAGAAGCACAGGUGACAGCUGGACUUGGAGAAUUGCUUGGUGGUGGGAAAAACCCACACGUGGGAAUUGGGACAAAGAAUCAGAGAAGCAGGCUUUUCUGAGUUCACCAUUUUAUAUAGUUUUAACCUCUAACUCAUGAAAAUGUUCUACAUAUUCAAAAAGUAAAGUUAAACUGAAAAAGAGAAAAAUGCAAUAGGAAUAGAAAAAAUGCACCUCGUUAUAUAUCUGAUCAAUACCAUGCACACUUUAACUUUGGAUCCAGUGUCCAUUAAUGGAACAUUUUCUAAGUCUGGAAAGAACUGCCCAGAAAUCGUGACCUUUGCUAAGUCUUGUGGAAGAAGUGGUUUGGUGGUAUAUUUCUGAAAGGA